ACCAUGUUAUAAAUAUUUUUAAUAUUAUAUAAUCAAAAAUAAUAUUUUUAAUGUUGUAUUCCCAUCUAUGACAAUGCAUUUUUAGAUGUAACAGGAUUGAAUAUAAACAAAUGGAUGUAUAGGUAUGAAAGAUAAUGAUUAAGAAUGUGGAACAGCGAAGACGAAGAUAAUGAAGCUGGCGAAAGAGUGUCAUUACACCAAAAUGACAAUCGUGAGAGGCCAAGAUCACCAUGGUUUUUGCUUCCUGCUGCUUCAUGUGUUGCUUCUUUGGGUGGAAUUUUAUUUGGAUACGACAUAGGAAUUAUAUCUGGUGCAAUGCUGCUACUAAAGACGGAAUUUCAGUUGUCAUGUCAGCAACAAGAACUGAUUGUCACAUCACUAUUGAUAGGUGGUUUGAUUGCUUCUAUAGUUGGAGGACAGUUAUUGGAUAGGUAUGGUCGAAAAAUCACCAUCAUCAUAAAUGCUGGUCUAUUUUUCGCUGGAGCACUUGUGUUAACAUUUUCCAAAUCCUUUCCUGUAUUUAUCAUCGGAAGAGUUGUUGUUGGUUUUGCUGUUUCUUUAUCUGCAAUAGGAGACUGUGUUUACAUUUCUGAAAUUGCGCCUGCGAACAAAAGAGGUCUUCUCGUUUCAUUGAACGAACUCGGGAUCACAAUUGGUCUUCUUUUUGCUUACUUAGUCAACUUUCUACUGAUAAACGUUUCGCAGGGUUGGAAGUAUAUGUUUGGGAUAUCUGCUAUUCCUGCUGCUUUUCAAGCAUUAGGGAUGUUAUUUCUUCCAGCAAGUCCACGCUGGCUUGUAACAAUGGGGGAAGAGGCUAGGGCAAAAACCUUGAUUGCGUCAUUGUGGCCUGAGAAGGAUGUCAACAAAGAGAUGUCACGCCUUAAAGCGUCAUUGUCAUCAGAAAAGAGUUACAGUUUUACAGAUUUAUUCAGAAAAAAAGAAAAUUUGCGAAUGCGGAUGUUUGUUGGUUGUGGAAUUGUCCUGUUCCAGCAGUUGACUGGCCAACCCACUGUUUUAUACUAUGCUCCAGUUUUGUUUAAAACUCUUGGUUUUAACAAGAAUGCUUCUGCAACGUUAGCCACUGUUGGUCUAGGCGUGGUCAAGGUUGUGUUUACCCUUCUUACUUUAUGCACCGUUGAUAAAUUAGGUCGGAGAACGUUUCUACUUCUUGGUGCUAUCAUUAUGACAAUCAGCGUGGUCAUACUUGCUGCUGUUACUGAACCUUUAAAUAAAAUAGAAAAAGGUCCACAAUGUGGUGAAAUGGCUGGCACACAAAAACUUCAUUUUCACUUAUUACAUCCAAAGGUUUGCACCAACGCGACGCAGAUUAAUUCGACUAGUAAUUUAAAUAUUGACAUUAAAAAUAAAAAUACUUUUUCUACUUCUGUUUCAAUAAAGAAUGAAAACUGUUCUGCUACAGAGAACGAUGAAACGAUAAAAACACAGAUACCUGGUGCAGUAAAAUAUACAUGUUUCAUUGCUCUGAUGUUGUUUGUGAUUGGUUAUGCGGUUGGGUACGGUCCAAUGAGCUGGCUUCUUUUAACUGAAAUAUUUCCUACUGGAAUAAAAGGUCGAGCUGUAGCUGCUGCUAGUAUUGUAAAUUGGGGAACAAAUAUUGUUGUAUCAAUGACGUUUCUAGAAGUUAUCGGAUCAAUUGGACCAUUUUGGACCUUUCUAACAUACGCUUUGAUUGGAGUGGUGGCUAUAUUUUUUCUUUGCCAUUUUGUUCCUGAAACUAAAGGAAAAUCGUUAGAACUCGUCAGUGCUGAACUCAAUCAAGGCACAUUUCAUUGCACCGUGAUCAGAUGUUGUGCGGAAGGUCACGUGUUACUGGUUGAAGAUGACGAGCAAGAUAUUUUGCUGCAUGGCGACGAUUGGAUCACUAAUGACGUAGAAGAUGCUCUAUGACCGCUCUCCUAAUUUCGAGUCUAAAUAUUUUUUAAUUUUAUACUUUUGGUUUGAGCCAGUAACAUUUUAACAUUUUUGUAUAUAUAUGUUUUUUAUAUUUGUAUUAGUUUUUUCUUUUUCCCUGAAAAUUUGUUUAUUGGACCA